CGUACAAACAUCGCGCAAGGACUCUAUUGAUAUCAUAAGUUUAUUAUCGUGUAAUUGUAAGAAUUAUAUGCAAGUUCACUCAACUUAGAUAUACUGACCAAAAAAGAUGCCUGGGAGAACAUUAAAGGAUACUUACAUGGCCAAGUCUAUGUCAGAUCUCAACAAAUUGGUGGAAAUAUCCAAACAGAAGCUCGGAAACAAUCCAAAACUGUUGAUAAAAACAUCAGACACAAUGCUGAAAGGUGCAGAAGAAAGUGACAUGUUGGGAGAUGAGGAGAAGGCUUAUGUUCUCUUUAUGAGGUUCUUCCACAUCAUCACAGCAGUCAAGAAAAUGCCAGAAUAUCGCAAACAGAAGGAAUUUUAUGACAAACUGAUCGGACAGAAGAAUGUUAUGAAGUGUUUGGAUAAAGCAGAGACCCUCUCUAAAAGUCUCAAAAACAGAUAUGACUUUUCUGAGGCUCAGGAAAUUGCCAAAAAACUUUCCUCACUGGAGGAGUCUGCAUCUGAAGAGAAGAAAAGUGAUGAACAUUCAGAUGUAGAAGCUGAAAUAAGGUCUGAUGAAGACACAAAAAAAUCUCUGUCAAAAGAAUCCACCCCAGAACCUGAAGCAGCACCGCCAACCCAGCCACAGGGGCAGAUAACUCCAGUCCAGUUGUUUUCCUUGUUAAAUGAGACAGAUGAGCAAAUGGCCAUCAUGGAUGUACGGCCAACAGCAGAGUAUGAGGAGUCACACAUACGACACCGAACCUGUAUCAGUGUUCCUGCUGAGAUAGUUUCCCCAGGGACUACUGUGACUGUGAUUGAGAAGGCCCUACCAGAAGACUCAAAAUCACUAUGGCAACGAAGAGGUCAUCUGAAUCAUAUUGUGUUGGUUGAUUGGUCAUCUACUCUGGACAAGGUCACCAUAGGAACGACUUUAAGAACGCUCAAAGAUGCUCUGUUUAAGUACGACUCAACAGUGAUAAUUCGGAGUGAGCCGGUCAUCCUGGAGGGUGGAUAUGACCAAUGGCUCUACCAUUACCCACAGUUGACAACAAACCCCCACAUCAAACACUCCUCAGUACCGACAAUAUCAUCAGCACCCUCGUUGGAUUUUGACUAUCCUGAUGAUAUAAAUGUGGAUGACAUUCUAAACCCUAAAAAAACAGAAAAUUCACCAGACCUGUCAAAUUCUUUGUUACAAUUUUCACAAGGAAUGACAGACCAAUCAGAGGCCAUAAAACAGCUGCCUCAGGUUAAUGGUGAUAUGGGUAGAAUGAUGCCAAGAAUUGACAGGUCCACCAAACCAAAGCCAGGAACCAAUCAAAAUGCACCACAGAACCGACCAAUAACAACAUCUGUUACAUCAAAGGAAAGUUCAGAUUUGUAUCCCUCCAUGUCUAGUUUGGCUUCUCCAUCAAGGUCAUUAAAUGGGUCAGAAAGGUCAAAUGCAGUACCAGAAUCUAGCAAAAUCACAGCAGAUGAUAGUGUUAGCUUAGAAAGUAAAUCAAACUCAGCAUUAUCAAAGUAUUCUGAGGAAUUAGAAAAGGAAAAAGCAGAAUUGGAGCACAUUCGUCAGCAGAAAGCUGAAGAGUUGGCAAGUUUUCAAAAGGAGAAGGAGAGAAUUGCUAAAGAAAGAGAAAGCAGAAUUGAAAAAUUAAAGCAUGAAGAAAAUCAGAUUUUAAACAUGGAACAAAUGAAAGCCGUACAGGCAAAAGAUUUGGCAGAUCUGCUGAGAAAGAAAAAGAAACUAGAAGAGGACAUUAGAAAGGAGACAACGGCUGGCCUUCGGGAGGAGGAAAGGAAGUACCAAGAGGAGGAGGCAAGGAAAGUAGAGUUGGCCCGCGUGCAACAAGAGGAAGAGGACAAACAACAGCGUAUGGAGGCUGUGAUGAGAUUACGACAAGAGAGAAAGAAGAAGGAAGCAGGACAGGAUGCUGUCAGCAGUGCCCACCACCAGGCUAACCAGAUUGAGGAGGAAAACCAACAGAAACUACGGGAGGCAUCAGAGAGGGCAGAGAAACUCAGACAGGAGAACGAAAGAAAAAAAUUAGCUGAACAAAGGGAUAAAGAAGCAAGAGAAAAAGCAACAGAAGAGGCCAGACGACGGGACCAGGAACGGAAAGAGCGUGAGGCUCAGGCACAAAUUGAUGCCCGAAAACGGCAGCAGGAGGAGCAGCAAAGACAGAAAGAGGAAAGAAAUGUAUUAGAAAGAGCUAAACAAGAGAAAGAGAGAGAGGAGAAAGAAAGAAAAAUUCAGGAGGAAAAAUCCCGCGCUGACAUGGCUCUACGACUCGCUCAGGAUAAAAUGAAACGACUAAAUGAUAAACCUCAAGUGAGAACAAUUCCAUCACCAAACUUACCAGAAGGUUGGGAAAAACAGCGAGAUAACAAGACAGGUCGUUACUUCUACGUGGAUCACAGGAAUAGUCGCACUCAGUGGGAACCCCCAAUGAUCUUUCAACCAGAAUUAAGAAAAGACACUGGUAUACAAGAUCCACUGAGAACUCCACAGAGGGAGGUAUACAAGACAAAGUUGAAGGAUGAGUCGGAGCAAGGUAGAUCUGGAGGACUGAAGCGAUCCUUCUCCUCACCGGAUAUUAGUAAACUCAUGGAGGACGACGGACACAUCAAACCUAAUCUGCCCUCUGUUGACAGAACCAAAAAACCUUCUCAAAGGGUUGAACCUCGACCACAGCCAGCAAGUACACGUCCACGUAACCUGAACCCAACCUACGGUAAUGUGGGCUCAGCUUUAACUGGACUUAGGAACCUCGGUAACACGUGUUACAUGAACUCCAUCAUACAAUGUCUUAAUAACUGUGCUCCGUUAGUCCAGUACUUCCUGACUGACCGUUACCUAUACGAUAUCAACAGAGAUACUGGACCAGACAGCUCAGGUUACCAAGUUGUAGAUGAGUUUGUGGUGAUCGUGAAGGCAUUAUGGAGUGGACAGUACAGAAACAUCACACCUCGUGACUUUAAGUACAUUGUGGGAAAAUAUCAGCCGAUGUUUGCGGGAUAUGACCAACAAGAUUCCCAGGAAUUCCUGACUUUUGUUAUGGAUGGUCUCAAUGAAGGACUCAACAAAGUGAAGGUUAAGCCAAAGCUACCUGACUCUGAUAGUGAUAAACUACCAGACAUUCAGGCAGCUGAGUUGGCGUGGCGACGUCAUUGCCUAAUCUAUCAGUCCAUCAUUGUCGACCUGUUUCAGGGUAUGUUGCGGUCGACCCUAAUGUGCCUUACCUGUAGACACAGGUCCGUGACAUUUGAGGUUUUUAUGUACCUUUCUCUGCCAAUUCCUUCUGGAUCUCGCUGUAGUCUGCAGGACUGCCUACAAGAGUUUGUGAAGGCAGAGAAAAUGACCGGCAGUUCUCGUUGGAAGUGUCCAAAUUGUCGUGUAGAGAGAGAUGCAGAGAAAAAAAUUGAUAUAUGGAAACUUCCGCCGCUCCUGAUAAUAGCUCUAAACAGAUUUGUGUGGGAGGGAAUGUGGAGGCAGAAAAUCAAUUCCUUUGUUGAUUUCCCAGUAAAUGAUCUGAGUCUGGACAAGUUCGUGAGAGGACCUAGUAACAACUCUCACUACCAACUGUAUGGUGUAUCGAAUCACUACGGAACAAUGGACGGUGGUCAUUAUACUGCAUACUGUAAGAAUGCUGUGUCCAAGAAAUGGAACAAGUUUGAUGACCAUGAGGUGUUUGAGAUGUCCAGUUCAGAGGUCAAGACUUCAGCUGGUUUUGUAUUAUUCUAUACAACAGUGAACUUCACAGCUCCAACGUAUCGUCAACCAUUCUGACAGAACUACGGAUGUCAUUGAUGAUUUAUUUUUCUAACAAGACGGGUGAAAUUCUACAUCAGAACAUCAAAAGACCAGGAUGACCUGCUCAGAAAAAUAUUUUUAAAGAUAGGGAAACUGGAUGUCCUUCUGACAAAAAUCUUGGAUGUCUUACACAAAAUAUCAAAACAAUUUCAUUGAGAUGAUUUUCAGAUUAACUUGGUUCUGUUGUAUAAAGUUGAGAGAGACUACUGAGGUUGUAUUGUAUAUAUAGGUAGCUGUAAAUCUGGUGUCUAGAUUUACGAUUUUCUUUAUCGGAAAAUUAGCUGUACAUUGUUUAUGUCUGAAAAAAUCCACUAUAAAUAGUCGUAAUGUGGUGUCCAGAUUUACGAUUUUCUUUAUCGGAAAAUUAGCUGUACACUUUGUAAAAUUGAAACAUGUCCUCUUUAUAUAGCUGGAAUCUACUUUGAUUUGAGGAACAUUUCAUCUCAGUUAUAAAGAGGUUUGAGUGGGCUUAUUACAGAAGGCUUAAUGACCUGAUCUAGUAAUAUGGUAUUAUUGGGUAUGUGCAUUAUAUAAUUAAACAUAUAGCACUUUUCAUCGGUACAUUUUAAGAGCCUAUAAAUCUGUUCUUGUUGUCUUUCAACACGGAGAACUUUUCAAUGCUGUAUAUAUCAACAUUGUUAACAGGAAUCAUCUUAGUAAAUCAUUAUAAACAUUUCAACAUUAAGAUUUCUUUGUUCAUUUGGGAAAACUAAUUUGUAGUCCGAACAGUCCUGUUACUGUGAACCUGAUAUAUUCCUUUUCGGAGGUUACGUUGAUUCUGAAGUGUUAUCUAUUUCGCCUGUAAUAAUUAUGGAACUUUCUCCUGUAUUGGUUGACCAUCACCCCCAAAAAAAUUGAUUUACCAUUAAUAAUUUGGAACCUACCUCUUUUAUUGGUCUACCCAUUUCCCACCAACAGUGCUCUACCUGUAAUAAUUUGGGAACAUUUUUUUAUAUUGAUUCACCUGUAAUAAUAUAGAACUAUUCUCUUAUGUUGGUCUACCUGUAAUCAAUAUUCACCAUAAAUUACACGGAGAGGAGAAAAAUUGUGUGAUAAGGACAUUCAGUAGACCUGCAAUUCACAAAAAUGAGUUUUGACAGAGUUUGAAGGAACAUAUCAAUUUUACAUAUGAUUUGACCUUUAGACUUAUGAUUUGAAUUCCGAAAUCACCCAAAAGUCAAAGAUCAAAACAAAUUUUAAAUCAUUGCUGUUAAGUUCUGGAGAUGGAUGCUUGUUGAUAAUAAGUGUAAAUAAGUUCAUGUACCUUGGUAAUAAUUUUGUUUGAUCUACAAUGUACAUUCAUAUAAAUAAAAUUGUGAUAAGUUUGUAUUCAGAAUUAAAAUUAGAUGGUGAUUGUGUUAUACAUGUAAUUAAUCCAGACACUUUGUUUAUCUUUAUAACUGUCAAUAGAUUAUAAAUGUAUUACUGUUACCAUGGCAACAAUUAUAUUUACAGAAAUUGAAAAAUAAUAGAAAUAUGAUUUAAGACAAGGUAGUAUGACAGGUGAAGUCUUGUUUGGUAAGUUUCAUACCUUGUAUGUAACAUAUUCAGUCUAUAAAAUUAUCAUCAAAUAAUUUGCCUAUAAUUUCCUGAACUUAAUCUAGUCAGAAAAUAAAUGUUUUACUAACUUAAGCUGGCUUUUUAACAUAAAUUGUAUUCUGUGUGUAUCUCAUAUUUCUGGUUGUAAUCAUCAUGAAUCAUAUCCAUUUUUGAUAUAUAUUUUUUUUUUAUGAAGUAAU